AUGCAGAUAACUGUCAAAAUACUAAAUGGCCAAGAAGUGCGUCUUGAGGUAGGUAAGAUUUGCUCAGAAAAAAGGAACAGUGUUGCAUCGUACGAAGAGGAACAAACGCUCUCCUGAAGAAAGACAUACGAUAUUUUCUAGAACAUUAGAUUUUUAUCUUUACUGUCUUAAACUUAAAGGUCUCAAAGGGUAUAUGGUUGUCAAUGAAGAGGUAGCUUCAAAAUCGAAACGUUUACAUGUUUGAUACAACUUGAAAGCCGUGGACGUGCAGUUAGGAGUCGUUCUGCGACACAGACGGCUGACAUCUUGAACUUGCAAGUGGGACUUUGAGCGCGAUUCUCAACAAAUUUGUGGAAAAUUCCGAAAGGUAGCUGAUGAGAAUUUGGCCAAGACGAAACGCUCCGUUAUACCACCACAAAUUAUUUUUUUCACAAGUAGUUGAUAAUCUCCUAUCAUAAAAUAUAGGUUGCUUCAUAUUUUAAUGGCUGUAUUUUGUUUUUUUCUGUUCUUGUGGUUUGAUUACAGGUCUCUGCAAGUGAUCAGAUCUCGCUAGUAAAAAGACAAGUUUAUGAAAAGCUUGAAAUUCCAGUGUUACAACAGAGAUUGAUUUUUAGAGGAAAAACUUUACCAGGUAUUGUUAUGAAAUUGGUCAUAUAAAUGUGGUUAAAUUAUGGCAGGUUUAAGUUCAAUAUAUUUAAAAAAGAAAAAAGAAGGGGAAAAAAACAGAUUCUUUUGUAAGAUAUGCACUGUUAUCAUAUGUUUAUUUCAUAGCGGCAAAUGUUUGAUUUGCAACUUGUUACAGCACCAAGUUGACAGGAAGUGUUGACUGGAAACAGAAAUUUAAACUGAAAGUAUUUUUGUAUAAUUAUGCUUCAAGUUAUCAAAAGAGAAAACUCCUUUAAAGUUUUAAACAAUGGCAAGAAACAAGUGUAAGCAAUAUUAACAUUUAAGCUUCUUGCUACAUGUACAGGCGUGAAGCCGUUAUUUUGGAUUGGAUGCAUUAUGUGGCUUCCACUUUUCUCAUUAACCUUUUAACUCAAGGAGUGAUUAACAUGUAACUUCUCCCCAUAAUAUCCUUACAUUACCCAGCAAACAGGUAAUGAGAAUAUUCAAACUUAUCAGAUAGGAGUUGUUAUCUUGAUCAAACAAAAAGUUCUCAAAACUAAUUUACAGGAAGUAUGUAGCAGCUAAAGGCAGAAUUUACUGUCAGAUCAUGGGGUUCCAGGGUUAAACAGUUUUUAUAGCUCUUUUACUUGCAAAAGUCCUUAAGGGAUUGCAUUAAAUCAGAUAAUUGAGUAUACUGUGAAAUGUCGCCAUCCAUUGGGGUAGCUGAACCACCCAAAAUUCUAGUUUCAAAAGAACCAUCAGUUGUUUCAAUUUUUUUCUUAAUCUAAAUACUUUAUUCCCAUAAACGGUUUAACUCUCAGAACUGACAGAAAUGUAAAUUCUCCCUAUAAUAUCCAUAAAUUAUCCAGUGAACAGGUAGUGAGUAUACCCAAACUUAUCAGGUAGAAUUUGCUAUCUUGAUCUAACACAAAAUUCCCAUAACUAAUUUAUAAGGAAAUGUGUAGUAGCUAGAGAGGAGAAUUAACAAUCAGAUCUUGGAAGUUAAAGGGUUAAAUACUGUGUUAAUGGUAAAAGGUUAAUUUUUUUCUUGCUAUCAGACUCUUCCACUUUACGAGAUCAUCACAUUGUGGAUGGGAGCAAACUUCACUUAUCUGUGAAAAAACAAAGUGAAGGAGCCAGCAGUGGAAAUAACAGUGAAUUUUUUGGAUUACUGAGAGAUCUUCUCAGAAGCCAUUUUAGUGAACAGGACACUGAGCAAGUGAUGAAAAAAUUCAAGGAGGUUUGUUGUUAUUUGCACUCUUUACACAAGAGAUUUCAUGUCAAUCAACUGGAGACAUCAGUGUUUGUUCACACCUUUUACUAAGGGAUUUUGAGGCCUGCACUGUAAGUUAUGGACCAUGUUUUUCUGUCCCAGUUUUAAGGCUCGGGUCCAAAUUGCAUGGGCCAGAAGUUCCAAGAGAAAAAAAAAAAAAAUAGCAAGGUUCUGUAGUUUACAGUAGGGACCAAGAAAUGAGGCUAGUAAGAUAUUUAUUACAUCUCUGUGUUCAAAUUCAUGUAGGGGGAGAAGGUUUCAAUGAAAACAUGAAAACAAAUGUUUGAAUUUAGCAGGCCAUACAAUUGAAUUACAGGGAUAUCAUAAACUGAGAUAUGAAGCAUAUACCCUGCAGAAAACCAAGAGUUGCUGGCUUCUUGAUUGCUCCUGAAAAUUUCUCAGUUGCUUCAUUUCCUAAGCAGUGCAAAGCUGAUAUUUGAAAGAAUUUUUUUUAAACCUCUUUUCACCCUAACAUCAGUAUCCAUAAUCUCCUUACUCUUCUCUGUAUAUUUCCUUUGGUAUUGUAAGGGAGAAUUUGUUUAAAAAUCAGAGCUUCUAAAUGUUAGUUUGGUUGUCGUUUCCUCUAUUUUCAUAUUCAUAAUGAAUGACUCAGCAGUACGACUGUAAGAGGAAGUUAGAUGCAGAUCACCUUUAAGGUUUAAAGCAUUCAAUGUUUGGCAUGUAUGAUCUGAAGUUCUCUCUGUUAUGCUUCUACUUAGUCUAACUGGUUCACACACUUAAUCAAAGUAAACAAUGGGGUCAUUAGCAGACUUGAGAAAAAGGAAUUUUAUUACACAAGUCUAAUUUCUCCUUACAAUAUCGCCCCUGAAUCACACAAUUAGAUCGCAAGAAAUAAGGAAAUAAUCACCAAUUAAAGAAGGUCUUGAUUGUUAAACAAAUUCCCCUAGUUAGCAUUGUACAAAAUGUAUAUACAGAGCAGUAUGGAGAAUACACAGACUGGUGUUGGGUUAUGAAGACUUAAAGUACUUACUGAGAAGUUAAACUUCCUUGUGUGACCACUUCAAGGAAGUAACCAGCUUCCCAAAAUCAAGCCAGAAAGAUCGUUGUUUCAAAAUCUUGUGGAACACACCACACCAACCUCUAUCUGUGACUCUGAUCAACCUCUCUUAUGUUUGUUGUGAGACUCAGAAAACUGUGAAUACCUCAGACUGACACCAUUUUCCAGCUUUUGGUUGAUAAAAUUCCCUUAGCAGGAAAGUGUGUAGUGAAGCCAUUAACCUUUCACUCCUAAGAUCUCAUUAGUAAUUCUCCUUACUGCUCGCCAUAUAAUUCAAUAUUUUGCCCCGAGGAAGGGCUAACUCUUGAAAUGCCAGCUUUGAAACUCUUAACAGUGGCAAAUUUACAUUAUCAACUCAGUUGAUAAUACUUAAUUACCCUGUUAUAGUCUUCCACCAACACAGCACCACAGUUUCUUUAGUAACUUACCCACUUUAAUAUUUUCCAACUGAUCCUGGUCAUAAUUAUCAUACUUAUGUAGUAACAAGUUUGCAAUUACAUAAAUUCAACAUCACUUACUGAUUCAUAAACAGAGUAGAAAUGAUUGAGCUUAUGUGUUAAUAGUUUUCUCUGUUUUAUUUUCUACAUAGGAUUUCAAGACAUGGGUUUGGUCUCUGAGCCUUGAUGACAUUGAGAGAAUGGCAGCUCUUCAUUUGAGAGAGGCAUCUGAUGAACAAUGAUGCCCCCCCCCUCCCCUAAAUAAUAAAGAAAAAAAAAGAUGUAACACUGCAAAAAGACCAGUUUGCAUAGUUUUUUGAGUAUGUUGAUGAACUGUGGCAAGUGUUUUCUAGGAAGUUCCCCCUUUCUUUGGACUACAGGUCUCUUGGUCAUGGUCUUUACAGACAUUUUUUAUGACAACUAUGAUAUCACUACAAAUGGACAGGAACAUGGAUGAAGCCUGUGAGAGAUUUCUGAUAAACUGUUAAGUUCUCAGUCCAAAUUGUUGGUGUGUUUCCUCAUGGAAGACAAGGAGAAUCUAAUGUUGCAUUUAUAGUCUAUGUUUAUUGGCACCUAAUUUCAACCUCUUCAGUCAAAAGUCUUGUUAAAAGUACUGUUUAAUUUUCAGCAAGGGAUCCUGAAACUUUUACAUUGACAAAGUUUUGGUUACGAUUUUUAUAGUUUACUAAGAGUGACUAGCAUCAUGAAUCAUAGGCAUUAAUAUAAUUAACUGUCUUGUUCUCAAGAUCCUAAAGUAACCAGGCUACUCAGCCUCCUGAUAUAAACAUACAAGAAUUCAGUUUUGAACAGAGCGAGAAGAGUGGUAAAAUGAGAAACUUGACUAUGAGCCACAUUGGCUUAAUGUUCUUUGGCGAUUAUAAGAAAUAUAAAAAUUGGCGUUACUGAAGCCGGUGUGACUGCCUUUUCUGUCUUUUUAGCCAAGCAGAAGAAAUAGAGUGAUUUCAGAGUUGCGUGACAGCCUGGGAGUUACUUAAGUGUU